AUGGAACAUGGGUCCUUAACUGAUCCCAGCCAAUCUACAUUUUCUUUGGUUGAUGAGGAUCAUACAUUUGCAAAUGCCGCCAGGUUCACUUUGAAUCAGGAUCCAAGAACAAAAUUUUGCGGGUACAGCAUUCCUCAUCCAUCGGAUAACCGAGUUAAUAUCAGAAUCCAGACAACAGGUGAUGCAGCAAAAGAUGUAUUCAACGAUUCAUGCCAGGAUCUCAUGGUGAUUUGCCAACACGUGAGGAGCACUUUUGACAAGGCUGUAGUUGAUUUUAGAAUGAGCAAAUCCGUAAAUGGCAUGGAUAUUGACUCAAAUAAUUGA